AUGGCCUCGCUGCCAGUGCGUGCGAGCUGCCUGGCCACGCGCGCCCUGUGCAUCUUCGUCGCGCCGCCGUCGCACGCCGAGCUGGAGCGGCGCCUGAGGGGGCGCGGCACAGAGACCGAGGAGAAGGUGCUCAAGCGGCUGGCCAACGCCGCCUCGGAGAUUGAGAAGUCCGAGGCUCCGGGGCUGUUCGACUUCAGGAUCGUCAACGAAGAUCUCGAGAAGGCCGUGUUGGAGGUCAGCGCUGCGAUCGAGGGGCGCGUCAGGGGCACGAUCCCCGGGGCGGCCGAGGCGCUGGCGCAAUACGUGGAAGACAAGCAGGCGGCCGCCGCGGAGGCCGCAGCGGCCGCAGCGGCGCAGGCCGCGGAGGCCGCUGCCGCGGAGGCCGCAGCUGCGGAGGCGCGGGCUGCAGAGGCGCGGGCCGCGGAGGAGGCCCGGGCUGCGGAGGAGGCCCGGGCGGCGGCCGAGGCAGAGGCGGAGGCGGCGGCCGCGGCGCGGCGGCAGCUGCACGAAGAGAGCGCGGCGCUCCCGCAGCAGCCGGCCGCCCCCGCGCCCGCGCCGGCGCCCGCAGCGCCGGUCGGCAACGGCACGGCGGCGCUGCUAGACUUCGGCUUCGGCGCCGCGGCCGGCCCCGGGCUGGCGGCGAAGGGCAUGCCGGUGCGCGCGUACAUGGACGCGACCGUAGUGCCUGUAUUGCGUGAGGGCCUGAAGGCGCUGAAUGUGGCGCGGCCGGACGACCCGCUGCAGUUUUUGGCGGACUUUAUCCUGGGGCAGCGGCGGCAGCGGCAGGAGCAGGCGCUGCUGCUCGCGGCGCAGCAGCAGGUGCAGGCGCAGGCGCAGGCGCAGCAGGCGGUGCAGCUGCAGGCGCUGCAGGCGCUGCAGGCGGCGGCUGCGGGCGCGCAGGGGCUGUGA